AUGUCAGUUACUACUACUACCACCAUUACGACAACUUUUUCAUCAGAAAUAUUGGCAUGGACGUUAAUCAUAAUAACACUUUAUUUUGCACAAUUUUACUUUAAAUAUUUUAACAGAUCAUAUCCACUACCAGGUCCUUUACCUUUACCGAUCGUAGGCAAUAGACUUCAAUAUCGUGGUAAUCCUGCCACUUGGUCAAAAGAUUUAUACUCAAAGUAUGGAGAUAUUUGUGAGCUUUAUAUGGGAAACGAAAGACAAAUUUGGAUAUCAAGGGGUGAUUUGGCUGCCAAAAUCUUUAGUCCCUUAGCGAGCAACAAUUUUCUCAUACGCAUAACACCAAACCAAGGAUUGGACGAGAUUGAUAUGACAACUAAAGGCUUGACAUUUAAUCUUAAUGUGAACAAUUGGUAUUUUAAUCGACAAUUCUUCAAUAAGGCCAUCACAUCACCAAAAUUCAUUAAACAAGCAAUUGUUUGGACACAAAAUGUUGACGUUAUGGUAGUAAAUAUAUCAGAAUGGAUAGUUAGAUUCAUAAUGGAAGUUGUGGUAAUGAUGACUACCAAUAAACGAGUACAUUCAAUGGCAAACUAUUAUCACAAUAAACUUGCCACCAACAAAAUGCCUAAACAAUCUGAUAUAGUGCUUCAAGAGUCUGAAGAAUUGAUAAAAAAUAUUCAUAGCUGGCUAGUUGGAUUACAGUUUUUCAUGGAUACAUCUGAAUUUUCACGCAAGUUUAUACCAAGCGCUAAACAAAAAGCCGAAGAAUUGAGAGCAGAGAUUGAUAAAUUGAAUAACACCUUUUUGAAUUAUGUCAAAGAGCGUAGAUCAGAGAUUGAUAAUACUAGUCCGGAGGAAUUGUUAACACCUGAUAUUUUAACAAUGUUGUUGACAGUUAAUACAUCUCGUGAUAUUACUUCAAAUAUCAGAGAUGAUCAACAUACAAGACCAUUAACUGAUGAUGAAAUUCGUGGUAAUUUAUUGGAAGUAAUCGGAGCUGGUAUUGAUACUACAGCAAAUACUUUUGCAUUCAUAGUGUAUCAUGUAGCACAUUAUCCUGAAGUGAAGAAACAAAUGUUAGAAGAAUUAAAUCAAGUGUUCAACGGUGAUCCAGACAGACCAAUCACGUACGAAGAUAUAAAUAAGUUAACUUAUUGUGAUGCUAUUAUUAAAGAAGUGUCUCGUCUAAUGUCAAUCGUACCAAUUAUUUUUCGAACAUCUAUUCAAGAUGACACAAUAGCAGGUAAAACAAUUCCAGCGUCAACACAAUUCAUGAUAAACACGCCAAUGAUACACAGACACCCACUGCAAUGGCGUGAUGCUGAAAAAUUUGAUCCAUCACGAUUUCUAAAUAAAACCACACCAAAACAUUCUUUUUUGAUGUUUGGUAAUGGACUUCGAAUGUGUCCAGGCAAACAAUUGGCCAUGUCACAAAUCAAAACUUUAAUUUGUCUAUUAUAUAGGAAAUAUGAUGUUGAAUUGGAGGAUAUGAGUGCUCCAUUGAAAUUUCAUUAUAGUAUUGUCAAACAUUGUGAUGAUUUGAAAAUUAGGAUUAAACCUAGAAUAUUUGGAAAGAAGAAUAAUGACUGUUGA